AACGUGCAAUCAGCCAUGACAGAACUAGAGCUGACAGAUGCACCGUUUGCAGCCUUCGUUACGUACGAGAACGUCAGCGAAACGGGCGAUCAACUGGACAGCAUUGCAGAGAAAGGUCCAAUAUGGAUACUCGGCGAGUGCUUAGAAUUGGAUGGCGAAAGAGAGAAGAAGCUAUUAAAAGAAAUUAUUUAUUCCAAGCUAUGGUUUACGUACAGAAAGAAUUUUAGAGCAAUUGGUGGGACAGGUUAUACCAGUGAUGCUGGAUGGGGCUGCACGUUGAGAUGCGGGCAGAUGAUGCUGGCGCAGGCGUUGACGUGGAGACAUUUGGGAAGAGACUGGAAGUGGACAAGCAAUACUCAUAAUCCUGUAUAUAAUCAGUUGCUGGGAGAGUUUUUAGACUGCCCAGAGAGUCUAUAUUCAAUACAGCAGAUCGCUCAGUGUGGUGUUGAUUUCAACCGUGCUGUUGGGCAGUGGUUUGGUCCUAAUAACAUGUGUCAUGUGAUACGUAAACUUGCUGAAUUUGAUCACUGGAGUUCAUUGGCGGUCUUUGUAGCAAUGGAUAUGACUGUCGUUUUCAGUGAAAUAAAGCAAGUUUGUCGUGAAAGACGCACACAAAUAGAGUCUGGACCUCCAUCUCCAGCUGCAGCAGCAGCCGCUGCAUCUGCUUCUCAGCCUUCCUUCAAACCUCUACUGCUCUUCAUUCCUUUGCGGCCGGGACAGGACAAGAUCAGAGAAGAAUACAGAGAAGCUGUUAAGACUUGUCUGAAGGUGAAGCAGUCAAUCGGCAUAAUCGGUGGUAAACCCAAACAUGCAUUUUGGUUUUUCGGAUGCCAAGGCAACCAAUUGUUAUAUCUGGAUCCUCACACUACACACAUGUCUGUCAAUCCAGAGAUGAAGUCUAACAUUCCAGAUAAGAGCUACCACUGCAGUUCAAUAAACUUCCUCCCCAUUUCAGAUCUCGACCCAUCCAUCUCACUAGGCUUUUACUGUCAUGACGAAGAAGAAGUCGACCAAUUGUACCAUCAACUCGUAUCCACUGUUGUCGGCUACAAACAGCCGCUGUUUGAGGUGUUUGAUCGACGUCCGCGAAACAUACCGCCUCUCCAAGAUCCCAGACCGCAACGACGCAACUUACCAGAAGAGAGUUUUACAGAACUGGUCGUAAAUGCUGAUGUAGGAAGCGACACGGACGAGGAGUAUGAUAUCAUUGAUUGUAGAGAGCUAAGUGACAUGGUGUAAGAAUGUGAAUGUACAUACCGCCAGAAAUUGGCUUCUAGACACGAUCCACAAAGUAA